AUGCCUGAAACUCCACCACCGAACAUAACUGCUUUAGUCGAAGGUACCCCAACAGCUAGCAUAGCUGGAAUGCCUUUGAAAGAGAUUGUUAGCCGGCUGAUGAGGCAAUUGGCUGAAGCUAGAGAAGAAGCGGACGGCCUGAGGGCCGAAAAAGAGAAAGCUACUAAUGUUGAGGCUAGGAGACCUCCACCUACUUUCCCAAAUCUGGAUUUACCAAUUCCUGACCAUUUCCCGCAAACCCAGACUGGGGCUACUUUUCAAACUCCACUAUGCCGAAAUACCACCCAUGUGGGGAACUCCUCCCACCAAACCCCAGCUUUUCAAACACUUGCUCACGCUACAAACGCAAAUGCUCAUCAAGCCUCUCGAGCAACAGUAGUUCUAGUGAUUCACCCCGUGCAACCAAAUGUCGCUUUUCAAGAUCAUGUCACCCAUAUUGACUCUUCACCAGAAUUGGAGAACAUGGAAAUGUUCUUUGAAGCAAGAAUAGACAAAAUCGAGAAGGAUAUGGGGAAGAAAAUUGCUGAACUGGAACAUGGCUUUAAAAAGAAAGAGGGGUUAAGAUACUCUGAUUUGUGCAUACAUCCGAACUUGGGCCUACCAGAAGGCUUCAAAAUUCCCAAGUUUGAUAACUUCAAUGGGUGGAGCAAUCCGAGAGCCCACCUAAGGGCCUACUGUAACCAGUUGGCUAGAAAUGGCGGAAACGAAGCUUUGCUCAUGAGGUUGUUUAGUUGA